AUGAUUGUUCCCACACAGGUCCUUGUUCCGUGCUGUGGAAGUUUGACUGUCGGCAGCUACUCAGACUCUCAGUUUGACAACUAUGUCCUGCAGUCUGUGGAGGACAGAUACCAGACUGUGGAUGGAAAGGAGGUCAGAAUCCAGGACAGACAGGUCCUGCUGGGAUCCGGCUUUCCUGCUCCGGCAUCGGUGUCCAUCCUUUUUGAGGAAACCUUUUACAAUGACCAAGAGCAGAGCUACAGCAUCCUGUGCAUCUCCCGGCCUGUGGAGGUGGACACCAGCCCCAACGAGCUCAGCCCUCCACCACCCUACUGCCUGAAGAGCGUGGAGGAUGUCAGGGAGUUCCUGGGCCGCCACGCCCAGAAACUGGACAAGUUCAUCCAUGGCUUCUGUCAGGCCUUCAAGGAGCAGGAGAGGAAGGGACUCCGACACCACAUAGACUCAGUGAACGGUCUCUACACUAAAUGUCUUCAGUGUCUGCUGAGAGACUCUCGCCUGAAACUUCUGACGAAGCAGGAGGUUCAGAUGACUCUUCUCAAACAGGCAGUGGAGAUGUAUGUCCAUCAUGGUAUCCAUGAUUUAAUGUUCAACUUUGUGGGAACUCUUGAAGCCAGCCAGGAUGCUGCCUUCAACAAAACCACCAGGAGUCUGCAAGAGCUGCAGCAGAAAGAGCUGGGAGUCAAACCUGAGUUCAGUAUAAACCUGUCCCGGGCAAAGAGAGAGCUGAGUCAGCUCAACCAGCAGACCUCUCCACUCCUCAAACUGCUGUGCCUGCGCAGAGUCACUUUGACUGCAACCCUGACACCCAGACACACAGUCAGCAUUGAGGCCGUAAGUGCAGACGACCUGCUCUCUGUCAUCCUCUACCUGCUGGUGAAGACGGAAAUCCCCAACUGGAUGGCCAACCUGAGCUACAUCAGAAACUUCUGCUUCAGCCACUCCAGUAAAGAUGAGCUCAGCUACUGUCUGAGCACCUUUGAGGCUGCAGUGGAGUACAUCAACCUGGGGAAGCUGCAGGACACACGCUCUGGUUCAGGUGAACUGAACGACAAGGCGUUGUUCAAAGAAAGGAUGAGGUCGUUGUCUCAGAGCACCACCACACCCAUCCACUGUCUGUUUGAGCACAUAGCAAAUGGAAAUGAGGCUGAGGUUGAACGUCUGCUGAGUGAAGGAGAGAGCGACGAGGACGUUAGGAUGUGUCACCCCCUCUGUUCCUGUGACCUCUGUGACCUCCAGCUCUCCGGGCGACUGAAUGACCCGUCCAUAAUCACGCCGUUUUCCAGAGAUGAUCGAGGUUACACCCCACUGCACGCCGCAGCUAUCUGUGGUCAGGCUCAGCUAAUCGACCUGCUGGUGUUUAAAGGAGCGACAGUCAAUGCCACAGACUACCACGCCCUCACACCGCUGCACCUGGCCUGCCAACGGGGAUACCAGGGAGUCACGCUGCUGCUGCUGCACUACAAGGCCAACACAGAUUCUCAGGACAACAACGGAAACACACCGCUGCACCUCGCCUGCAUGUACGGACACGAGGACUGUGUGAAGGCCUUGGUGUACUAUGACGUCCAAACGUGCCGCCUGGACCUUCAGAACGAUAAAGGUGACACGGCGCUGCACAUGGCGGCUCGCUGGGGCUACGAGGGAAUCAUCCAGGUGCUGCUGGAGAACGGAGCGAGUACCAACAUCCACAACAAGAGCAAAGAUUCGCCACUGCAGUGUGCACUCAACACCAAGAUCCUCACUUUGUUGCAGUCACGUCAGAACGGCCGUCAGCGCAGAGGCAGCCGAAUUGAUUCUCCCAGUCGCUCCCCUCUGGCCUCAGAUUGCAGCAGCCGUCGCUCCUCAGUCUCCAGCACCUCCUCUUUGGGGUCCGAGGCCAAACCGGAGGGAGAACGGGUCAGACACAGAGAGGUGGAGAAGCUGCUGCGUGCUGUGGCAGAUGGUGAUGUGGAAAUGGUGCGUUACCUUUUGGAGUGGAUGGAUGAGGAAGAGGAGGAUGAAGAAGAGCUCCGGCCUGAGGCACUGCUCUGCCAUCCGCUUUGUCAGUGUCCAAACUGUGCCCCCACUCAGAAGCUGUCUGUUCUGCAGGCCGGAGCUCUCGGCGUCAACAGCUGUAACGCUGAAGGCUUCUCGCCACUCCAUGUCGCCGCCCUGCACGGCCAUUCAGCGCUGGCUGCCCAGCUGAUCCGCCACGGGGCCAACGUCAACGCCCGCACGAACCAGAACGCCACGCCGCUUCACCUGGCCACCCAGAACAGCCACAUCCAGGUGGUGAGGUUCCUGCUUGAGUGCAAUGCCAAACUGAAUAAAAAGGAUCACUAUGGUAACACACCUCUGAUACUUGCCUGUCUCUGUGGAAACCUGGAGACAGUCACUACUCUAUUACAGAGUAACGCCCUGGUGAACGUAGCAAACCUUCAGGGGAACACGCCUCUCCAUGAGGCGGUGCGGGGCGGACACCAGGCGCUGGUGGAGCUGCUGCUGAGGAGUGGAGCCUCACCCGGCCUCAGAAACAAGAGGCAGAGGACGCCACUCGACUGCGCCUACGAACUGGGUGGAAAGAACACUGAGAUCCUGAGAGCUCUGCAGAAAGCGUCUGGACUUUCCCCUGAUGAUGAACCCAUCAAACUCCUCUCUGUGCCCAAAGGAGCUCUUGCUCAUUCAUUUGUGCAGCGUCUCAGGCUGCAGGAUCACUCCAAUGGCAGGAGACAGAAACUGGCUCAGUCCAUCAGCAGGAUGCAGCAGAUGAAGAAAGGUUCCUCUGGUUCUCCCCCCAGGUGUUCACCAACCCUCAACCAGAAGAAUCCAGACAGGAGAAGGUUGAAGCGAGGGGAGACAGUGGAGGUCAGCAGUCCCUCGGGAUGCUGCGACCCCGGGCCCCGGCGGGGAGAGCGGCCCCUGGGACGCUGUCACACCCUGGAUUCUGGAGAAACCACAAUAAAGAGGCUGGUGUCCUUGCAAUGCGAUGCAUCCGAAUGCACUCCGACAGAGAGCGGUCAGACUGACGACACACACGUCCCCAGAACCGCUGAGGACACUCUGUCAGCAGGUGUUGACACGUCUAGAGACACAGAUGAAACUCACUCCACUGACGUCUCUAGCUGUAGCACCGGUAGCGAGACCUCCCCAUCCCCGCCAUCCAACACAUCAUCACAUGCAGAUUAUUUGUUUGAAGCCCCUCCCACACACAUCCUCGCCAACCACUCCGCUUCACAUGAGGAGACGCCUCACGUCAGCAGCCAAAGCCUCCAGCCUAUAAAUGGAACAUUAGUGGAGUCAUGUGACGACCAGACUCUGCCUCGCCUCGACACAGAGCCCUCGAAUUCAGAAAGCAAAGAUGGAAACUCAAAUCCCACCCACAUCGCUGACCCCCACCCCCCCAUCCAACAGUCAAAUGGAUUCAACUGAAAGCUGGUUGGAGCUAAAAACUUUCCACAGUUUUUACUUCACAGGGACGACAAGGGAUAAAGAGUCAGUUCACUCAUUUUACAAAAAACCUGUGUGAUCACUUACUGUACCUAUAGUUGUCUUUAGUGAUGCAGGUUCAGAUUUCUGCCUCCACUCCAGUACAAUAGAGAUGAACGGAGUUAACUUGUAUGACUAGAAUUGGUCUCUUCUUUUCAUUUGUUCAAUCCAAAAACAGCACUGUGAUAAAAUAACACAGUGUUGCUGUGGGCGUGAGACUAUGAAUCAUGAAGUCCUGCUAAUCAGACACAACACUGCACAGAGGUUCAGAACUUUAUGGACAGGUUAUUAAAUGUUAUCACAACAGCAAUUACUUCAACCCUGUCUCCACUGCAGUGCUGUCAACUGCAGGGUUACAACAUCAGACAUCAGGGGUAAGCACUUGCUCAUUCUCAAUUGUGUUGCGUUAACAUGAAGAAGAAACACCCCUCACAGUAGGAUCUGUGGCUUCUCCAGUGAAGUAACCACAACACUGUUUGCAGAAAGGGAUGUUGUUUCUAUCCACUUCCACUAUACAGAGGUGGAGGCAGACAUCUCAAGAGGCUGACUCAAAACGUGGAUGAACCAAAAAGCUUUGGGAUAACUGAUCCUUUAAAGUCCCAAUGAAAUGAAAAAGGUCACAGAGUCCCUCCGUGUCUUUUAACAAACAUCCUGUUGACUUACUUUUCUUUAAUUGUAAGAAAUCCACCACACAACACAUAUAACACGUUAAGGACCUGACGUUUUUCACAUCGUUGUCUCCUGAUUGUCUUUAACAAUGCAAACACGGUUCUAAAUGAACUGGGGUGAACACCGAUUCCCUUCAUUUAUUUUGCCAUCGCUAAUGUGUGAUUUAAAAGAUUCUGCUAAAGUAUCAUUCGAUUGUGACUUGAGCAGAGAUAUUAACAGAGCUGAGGCUUUCUCUCUCCCCCGCCCUCGUUCACGCUGAAGCAGCUCUCUAUCUCCUCCUCUCCUGAGUGUGAAGCACUUUCUUCUACUUCUAGGCUAAACAAAGAGAAAAAGGGACGCAAACUGACGUUGUUUUAGUUUGAUACCGUUUGAAUGUUGUUGCUUGAGCUUUAUGUAAAGCCAUUAGAGUGAAGCUCUGAUCUGAGCUUUGUUUUACUUGACUGUUAGACAUUGGAUAGAUUACAGGGUUGUAAAUUGACUUACAGUUUGUGUGGUUUUUCCCUUUUUUCCUCCCAUUUAACAUCAUACUACUCCAUGUACUGUUUCAUAACUAGGAUACAUUUCAAUUUUUAUUUAUGACCUGUGUUGUCAGGAGGGUGUCGUGUGUUCAGAGAGGUUCGACUUCUCCUGAACGUGAGAAUGUGUUUUCUUCCUGGACAUAGAUAAAGUUGAAGGAUCACACAUCUGGCUCUGCAUGUUUUUCAUCCAUUCAUUAUCAUUAUCAUUAAGCCACUUGAGUUUGAUUCUUGAAACUUGCUGCGAAUAGCCAGACGCACGUUUAUUGUUUUUAACUGUCACCGCAUUGUAGUGUGUAGUCAUUUUACAUACACGGUAUAUUCGGUAUGCUGUAUGUGUAUACGCAUAUGUCUGUUCACAUUUAAACUAUUAUAGAUUAGGUCAAUAGAUACAUGUGGUACAGUUUAGGUAAAAUAUAAAAAUUAUAAUAAUGAUAAUAAUAAUAGAUUAUAGUUAUAUAUCACUUUUAAAACAUAUGUUUAAGUUGCUGUACCUAGCGACCCAACAGUCAUUUAAAUUCAGUGAAGCUGCACCACACACUCUAAAUUAGCUGUUUUAUCAACAUUCACAUAUUCUCUGAGAAACUGGUGAGAAUGUUGAAAAAAGAACGAUUAAAAAAAAUCCAUC